AUGGGCGGAGGACCAGGCGACAUACACACAGUGGGGAAUCUGGGCUCGCCGAUUCCCGUCGCGUCUCUGUCGUCGCCGUCGCCGGGCAGAGCGCGACCGGCUUUCGCGAUCGCCAGCGAAGCGACGGAGGGCGGCGCUGCGACGACGCCAGCAGCUGAGAAGGCGGUGCGAGUGGAGGUUCUCACAGAGAUCGACGCACGUGGUAGGUUGCGCGCGGUUGGGAAGGGGAGAGAGGGGGGGAGGGGGGGUGGGGCGGGGAGAGGGGGAGUGGGGGGAUGGUGGGGGGGCGGAAGGGGGGGCGGGUGGAGGGUGUGGGGAUUAUACGCUGAUUGUGUGGGCGAUUUAAAGCUUGAACCGGCUCUUCUUUCAGGCGAUCAGCCCGCGACCUCCCUGGUCCAUGACCCCUCCCUCUUUCUCUCCCUCGCCCUUCAACCCGUCGUGUUCCUCUCGCGCACUCUCUUCUCCUCAGCUUCGUUCCCCCCUUUCCCGCGCCCGUCGUCAUUCUCGCUUUCGCGUGCAGGGCUGACGCGCAUGGUGCUCCAGGAGGGGGGCUACGAGCAGUGGGAGUGGCAAGGCAACAAGGUCAACUACGUGGUGGCGGGGGACGUUAGUAGCGACGCCACGCCCGUGCUGCUCAUCCAUGGCUUCGGCGCCUCUGUCUACCAUUGGAGGUACAACAUCCCUGCGCUGGCAGAAUCAGGCCGGCCUGUCUACGCCAUCGACCUGAUCGGCUUCGGUUGGAGCGAUCGUGCUCUCAUCCAAUACAGUGCUGCCAUGUGGGCGGACCAGGUCUCCUCUUUCAUCCGCGAUGUGAUUGGCCGCCCCGCCGUGCUCGUGGGGAACAGCGUGGGGGGCUACGUAACCCUCACCACCGCAGCCAACCACCCGGAUGUGGUAGCCGGUACAGUGCUUGUGAACGCCGCAGGGAAGUUUAGCGAGGCUCCUCCCGGCACGGCCCCGCUCUCCGGAGCAGACGAGUCUCCCAGCGAGCUUAAAGCGCGGAAAGCAGCAGCAGCGAUGCCGGUUGAAACCCACGCGCACCAGCAUGGGAAGGAGGAGCAGGUGCCUUUCACGGUGGUUGUUAAGGAGAAGGUGGGGGAGCUGGUGGAAGGGGUGGUGGCGGCGGUGGGGAAGCUUGCCCGCCGUGUUGUGUUACAGGUGACGUUCCUGCAGGCGAAGCAGCCGGGGAGGAUCAAGCAGGUGCUAGAGCUGGUUUACCCGAAUGCUGCGAGCGUCGACGAGGAGUUGGUGCGGUCGAUUGUUCUGCCCACACGCGAUCCCAACGCCGCCGAGGUUUACUAUAGGCUGUCCACUCAGGUCCUUCUGCACCCCUCUGCUCUCUCCCUCAACAACCUUCUUUCGACUCUUCGCUCGUCUGACAGUCCCAUGCUACUGCUGUGGGGGGCUCUGGACCCGUGGAUGACUCCUGCUAAGGCUCAGACUAUUGUGGAUAAUUACCCUGCGGCGCAGAGGGUGGACAUUUCUGCGGGGCAUUGCCCGCAUGAUGAGGACCCGGAUGCGUUCAACCAAGCGCUGCUUCUAUGGCUGCAGUCGAAGUUCUGA